GAGAUGGCGUGGUGGUCGGGGUCGCUGGGCGGGCUGCAGGACAUCGCCGGCGCCGUCAACAAGAUCAGCGAGAGCGUCAAGAACAUCGAGAAGAACUUCGACAGCGCGCUAGGCCUCGAGGAGAAGCGCGACGACGACGAAGGAUCAGGGUCCCGUACGUCGAACUCUGAUGGAAUGGGAUUCUUUAAUCCUGUCAUGGCCUUCAUGGGACAAAAUGGCGAGGAGAGCUCUACGGAGGUAUCAGAAAAGCAACAAUUGCCUCAACAUUCACCAGCCGUAGAAGUGAAUCAUAAGGUCACCACCAAGCCAGCUACAUCUGAAGCAGAUGCUUCUGAAGUACCACCAGUAAUAACACAAGCUCCAAAGGAGCCUUCAGAAUUAGAAGAAAAUGUUAGCAGCUCCAUGGCGCCACCUGUAUCUAUGGCGGAUGUUUCUGAUCAAUCUGUAAGACCACAGUCUCCAACACGUUCUUCAGCAGCAGAAGAAAACCAUGAUGGCUCCACCGAGUCACCUACAUCUAAGAGGGACACUUCUGAAGUAUCAGAAACACAGCAGUCCCCAACACGUCCAUCUAUAGCAGAAGAAACUUUGGUUGGAUCCAUUGAGACCAGCAACUCAAUUGAGAAGGGAAGUCAGGGUCAUCAAGACACUGAAAAUUCGGAUCUUAAUGAUGAAGCUUUACCGAGUCAGCCUGAUGCAUCCAUCAGGGACAUACGUGGUGAUAGAACAUCUUCACCUAGCAAAUUGGAUCAAUCAAGUGAUAUAGGAACAGAAGAAUCUAUCCAUGCUGGAAAGGAAGACACAGAUGAUGGAAAAUCCUCCCGGUUACAACCAGCAGAUUCCAUGGUCGCCAGUUCAGAUGAUGUAAAUGAAGCCGAGGUGAAAAUUGUUCAAGAACUCGAUAUCCAAAAGGAAAUAAUCAGCCCACAGGAGAACAGUGACAUCGUCGACAAAGCCAGUCAUGGGGAAGUCAAAGUACAUGAUGGUGAAACUAAUACAGCCGAGAAUGGCGAAGAGAACGAUCAAACAGAAGCGCAUGCAGUAUCUGUUGUCGAAAAUGAGGAUACUACAAUGACACAGCUAGAAAACGUUCGCUCAAAGUCAAUAAUUGUGGAAAAUGAUCCAGACUUGCAAAAUGAGUUGGUACCAGCUUCUGCACAGGUGCCUGUUGGUCCACUAGAAGUUGGUUCUCGUGCAAAUGAUUUGAGAAAAGAAGAAAAGAUUCAGGAGUCUGUUACAACCAUGAAUUCUCUGGAAUCUGUUGGUUCUGUCGUUGAACUAGAGAAACUAAAACGUGACAUGAAGAUGAUGGAUGCUGCAUUGCAAGGUGCUGCUAGACAGUCCCAGUCCAAAGCUGAUGAAAUUGCUAGACUCAUGAAUGAGAACGAACAACUGAAAGCAACAAUUGAUGAGCUAAAGGGUAAGUCAGUUGAAGCAGAAAUGGAUGCGCUUAAGGAUGAAUAUCACCAGCGAGUAGCAACUCUUGAAAGGAAGGUGUAUGCACUAACCAAAGAACGAGAUACAUUAAGGAGAGAGCAAAAUAAGAAAAGUGACGCAGCUGCUCUUUUGAAAGAAAAGGACGAGAUAAUCACUCAGGUCAUGGCUGAAGGCGAAGAGCUAUCGAAAAAACAAGCUGCUCAAGAAGCUACUAUACGAAAACUGAGAGUACAGAUUCGUGAGUUUGAAGAAGAAAAGCAACGGCUGAACUCAAAGAUCCAGGUUGAGGAGACAAAGGUUGAGAGUAUUAAAAGAGAUAAGGCAGCAACAGAGAAGUUGCUACAAGAAACAAUCGAAAGAAAUCAAACUGAACUUGCAGCUCAGAAGGAGUUCUACACAAAUGCUCUUAAUGCAGCAAAAGAGGCCGAGGCAUUAGCUGAAUCAAGAGUCAACACAGAAGCCAAAGUUGAGCUUGAGAGCCGCUUAAGAGAAGCCUGCGAAAAAGAAAAUAUGCUGAUUAACACAAUCGAGGAGUUGAGGAAUGCUCUUACCAGACAAGAACAGGAGGCUGCUUUCAGGGAAGAACGGUUAAAAAGGGAUCAUGAUGAUCUUCAAAAGCGCUAUCAGGCCAGUGAACUUCGGUAUAAUGAACUGGUUACACAAGUUCCUGAGUCGACAAGGCCACUCUUAAGGCAAAUUGAAGCCAUGCAGGAGUCAGUUGCUCGAAGGGAAGAAGCUUGGGCUGGAGUGGAGAGAACCUUGAACUCUCGCCUUCAGGAAGCAGAAGCGAAAGCUGCUGCCUCAGAAGAAAAGGAGCGGUCUAUAAAUGAGAGACUGUCACAAAGUUCAUCCCGCAUAACUGUUCUGGAGACCCAGAUUACUAUUCUUAGAACAGAGCAGACUCAGCUGAGCCGAUCUCUUGAAAAGGAGAGACAGAGAGCAUCUGAAAGUAGACAGGAGUACCUUGCAAUUAAGGAAGAGGCGGCAAUACAAGAAGGACGUGCCAAACAGCUUGAAGAAGAAAUAAAGGAGCUUAGAGCUAGGCACAGAAAGGAGCUGCAAGAAGCGGCAGAACACAGGGGACUGCUUGAGAAGGACCUUGAAAGGGAAAAGGCAGCCAGGGCAGAACUUGAGAAAACUUCUUCCCGCGAGUUACCUAAAAUUCCACUUCCAGAUCAAACAAAAAAUGCUCCCAACAGAAAGCUGUCUAGUGUUGGUAGCCUGGAAGAAAGCCAUUUCCUUCAAGCAUCAUUGGACUUGUCUGAUAGCUCUUCAUUGGAGAGGAGAAUGUCUGCAGAAAGUAAUAUGUCAUACUAUCUCAGGAGCAUGACUCCAAGUGCUUUUGAGUCGGCACUGCGUCAAAAGGAUGGAGAAUUGGCUUCUUACAUGUCACGCUUGGCCUCAUUGGAAUCUAUUCGGAAUUCUCUGGCAGAGGAGCUGGUAAAACUAACGGAGCAAUGUGAAAAGUUGCGGAAUGAGGCUGCUGCUCUGCCUGGCCUAAAGGCUGAACUGGAAGCACUGAAACAAAGACACUUUCAAGCUCUAGAACUUAUGGGGGAACGUGAUGAAGAGUUGGAAGAAUUACGGAAUGAUAUUGUUGACCUAAAGGAUAUGUACAGAGAACAAGUCGAUCUUCUUGUUAGCCAGCUCCAGACAUUGGGCGCUCGUGUAUAGUGCUACUGACCAAGAGAUUUUGAAGGCUGAAGCGGCUGAGUGUGGAAGUUUAUAAUUAUACGGGACUAUUUUUUGUACACCGAGAGAUUUCCUUUUGUUGAUUUCUGUAGGAUAGUCUGUUGUAUACUAGACUGAAUUAUAGCUCCAUAGUUUUGUACGUAUUGCUUGCAAAAAAUUUCAUUCACAGAAGCAUAUCAAAUUUAAACCUACCAAAUGUAUGUCAAUCUCAGCUAAUAACACCAAUACCAAUCCAUGGGCCUGAUUCAA